CAGUCGCGCUGGAGUCGGCGGUGGGUCUGGUGCGGAGGGAGCCAUGUCGGAGCUGCCGGGGCUCCGGUCCGAGGUGCUGGACACCUGCACCUCGCUGGCGCUGAUGCUGACGGUCGUGCUGUGCAUGGGGCUGGCCCGCGUGGUUGCCCGGCAACAGCUGCACAGGCCCGUGGCCCACGCCUUCGUCUUGGAGUUUCUAGCCACAUUCCAGCUCUGCUGCUGCACGCAUGAGCUGCAACUGCUGAGCCAUCAGGACCCGGCACACCCCACCUGGACGCUGACACUGAUCUACUUCUUUUCCUUAGUGCACGGCCUGACUUUGGUGGGUACCUCCAGUAACCCGUGUGGCGUGAUGAUGCAGAUGAUGCUAGGGGGCAUGGCUCCCGAGAUGGGAGCGAUGAGGCUGUUGGCUCAGCUGGUUAGCGCCCUGUUCAGCAGAUACUGCAUCCGCGCCCUCUGGAGCCUGGGUCUGACCAAGUACCACUUCAGCGAGAGGAGCUUAGCUUGCAAGAAUCCCAUCCACACCGACUUGUCCAAAGCGAUCAUUACCGAGGCCAUCUGCUCCUUCGUCUUCCACAGCGCUCUGCUGCACUCCCAGGAGGUCCGAAGCAAGCUUCGCAUCCACCUGCUGGCUGCACUCAUCACCUUUUUGGCCUAUGCAGGUUUGUCAUUUCCACAAAACACUUGGCGGGUCAGAACCCCCACACUAAUGUGA